CGCUUGGAAAUCACUUUUCGCCAAAGAAAAUAAAGACUCCAUUUCAUCAAGAGUUACUGAAUACUUUCAACAUCUGACCUAUAAAAUACAAGAUGGAACGCUUGAUCAGCGGUUUCUUCUGCCUUGCCUUUCUGAUCCCAGGUAGCACUGCAGGUUUUGUCAACGACUGGGACCAGCCGUUUACUUUCAAUUGUCAAACCGGACAUGUCAUCUCUUAUGUCUCUAGUAUCCAUAACAACCGCGCAGAGGACAGACGCUGGGAGUUUCGUUGCAAGAACGUUGUCAAGACACAUUCAUGUUCUCACAGCGGUAAGUGCUACGUCUUUUUUUUCCAGUCAUUUGGAGCAGAACUCGGUGCUCCGGAGGAGUAUUUCUUUGCCCGUAGCUGAAACUUGAAAAAUUUCAUUCUUCUCUUAAACAUUUUUAUAAAAUAUUUUUUUAAACAGAGGAAAUGUGUACUUAUUAAUUUUUUUUAAAUAAUUUAUUUAUACUAAUGUGACACACAUUUCCAGCUGUAUCACUUCAUCAUCAAUACUCGUUACUUUCUGUAUCACUUCAUCAUCAAUACCCGUUACUUUCUGUAUCACUUCAUCAUCAAUACCCGUUACUUUCUGUACCACUUCAUCAUUAUUACCCGUUACUUUCUGUAUCACUUCAUCAUCAAUACCCGUUACUUUCUGUAUCACUUCAUCAUCAAUACCCGUUACUUUCUGUAUCACUUCAUCAUCAAUACCCGUUACUUUCUGUAUCACUUCAUCAUCAAUACCCGUUACUUUCUGUAUCACUUCAUCAUCAAUACCCGUUAGUUUGCUCCCACAUUUCUAUAUGGUAUAUUGCUCCCACAUUUCUGCCGAGAGAUCCAUUUCACAUAAUAAAUGUGCCACAUCUUCUUUUCACUCCUGGGAACACAAGGCGGCUGGAACUAUGUUUCCUUGAACAGCGCACGUAAGGUUUGUCAUUUCAAAGACCUGAAAAUGUCACAAUUAUUACGUAAUUUUCCUAUCUUUUAAAAAUAUUUUCGAAAACCAUAACUUCGAACACUGUAUUUCGCCAUAUAUAUAGCCGUAACAAGUUGUUUUUAAAAUCUUUCGAAAAAAAAAGUUGUCAAUACUUUUUCGUAUAGAUUAAGACCCACUGUGCUGCCUCGCAUUAAUGGAGAAGUGCAAAACAGCUGUUGAGAGAUUGGCCAAACGGAAUACCAGGAUGUUUUAAUAAUCAAUAUCUUAAUUAGAUUGGGCAGACUGUACACUUGGAUGUUCUAUGACUAGAUUUCAGCCAUACAUUACAAAUCUUAUACGUGCUCAAUAUGCGAUAGUUUCAGUACUGCUAAGCUGAAUUGGGACAAAAUGUAUUUUAGAAUGCAAUAUAACUUAAUAUGAUAAUAACUUAACUUUUAUUGUGGCUGGUUGGCCAAAUCUGCGGACUGUUGAUUGACAACUUCUCGUCAACCUAUCGAACUGACACUUGGCACGUAGCAUAAACUCGUUGUUCUGUCAAAAUGUCAGCCCUCCCCGACUCCAAACCGAAAAAUAAAUUUUUCCUUAUUUUCAAGAGGAAGAUAAAGGAUUUAUGAUUUUACUCAAAUAAAUCCCCGAUCCCCGGGCUAAAUGAGUUUUCUUUUAUAAAAAAUAUCGCAAUAGUGUUUAAAGCGAAAUAUUUUCUUUUGUUUCUCUGAAAUAAUUGGUAAAAUAAAACUGAUGCGUGAAAGUGAUUUAGUCUUUAGAAUAUUAAUAUACUUCAGUGGCGGGAAAUAAAUGUGCUUUUGCUUGCGUUUGGGGGUGGGGGUACUAAUUGGAAUUCUUAUCAAUCACACGUGUCAAGCUCAAGGCCCGCGGGCCACAUUCAGCCAACCCUAAAAUUACAUCAAGCCCACUAGGUCUUGACUGGCGAACAGUUUUAUGCAAGUCAAUGCUAUAGUGUUUCCCAAUGCACACUUUGCUGAAAACCUCAGCUUACUUCGCGCCGAGUUCGCACGGCGCUUUAGAGAUUGAGAAGCACAGAAAUGUCAUUUUGAGCUGUUUCGUAACCCAUUAGUCAUAGACGUGGAAACUACACCUGUAAAUUUGCAGACGGAGCUAACUGAGCUGCAGUGUAAUGGGACACUAAAGGCAAAGUACGACACAGUUGGGCCUGCACAGUUCACUCGUUUCAUUCCUGAAGAGAUGCCCCAGCUUCCUCUACAAGCGUCUCAAACCUUGAGCAUUGUUGGGUAGCAGAUAUAUGUGUGAGCAACUGUUUUCUUUGAUGAAAAUUAUCAAAACAUCACUCAGGAGCCAUCUCACUGUUGAACACUUGCAGUCCAUCAUGAGAAUCUCAAUGACGAAGAACGUUACUCACAACAUAAAUGAACACUUGUUUUUGUAGCCAAGAAAAUGUGGCACACAUCCAGCUCUGACACACUGGCAUAAGAAGUAAAAUGGGUGUGCCAAAAGUUUUAAAUAUUAAAACUUUUUUUCUGUUUUCAUGUAUACAAAUGUUUGUUUUUUAAAUAUUAAUAUUUUUCUGAUUGAAUCUUAAUCCUGUUCAAACAGCAAUCUUAAAGUGAUUUGAGUUUUGCGUCCCCCCCCCCCGAACACUUGAGUAUGACACCCCUGUUAUUAAUUGUUAAUUGUUAAUGUUUUGUCAAAUUUUCACAUUCCACCCCCUUCCCAAAUAACUUUUUAUUAGGGAUCUGUCCGACAAACUUGUUAUUUUAGGGGCUGUUUACUAUAUUAUUUAAAAAAUACAUUGACGUUUUCUUUACACCAAAGGCGUCCAGCCAUAUACAUACUACGAUUGUGUUGUUGUGUGUCGUCAUAUCAGAAACGGACUGAGAUCAAAUAUGUAACGCGUGUCAUCCUUGAAAAAGGGUCAUGCUAUACCACUAUGAACCAGGGUACUUAAGAAAGGGCCUUAAUUUUCCAUUUGGAACCGAAGAUCUUGAAAAAAGACCUUGUUAUACUACUAGGAACCGAAAUACUGGAGAAAGAGCCAUGCCAGACCACUAGGCGCCACGCAUAAAAUAAUAAAGACAUUGUUAGUAAAAUAAAAACAAAUUGUAAAAAGAAAGUCCUCGCUAAUGUUAUUUUUUGUGUGUGUCUAUUCCCUCAGGAUACGUCAACGAGUUCGACCAACCUGUCGUCUUCAAAUGUCCGGGCGAUCAGGUGAUGACCGGCGUAGACAGUUACCACAGCAACAAAGCUGAGGAUCGCAGGUUCGGCUUCCAGUGCUGCAACGUCCAGGAGCGUCAACCACGCGACUGCUACAUCACCGGCGACGUUAACCGCUGGGAUGGCAAGAUGACCUUGGUUGUUCCGUGGGGCAAGGCCAUCAAGGGCGCCUACAGUCACCACAACAAUCACUAUGAAGACAGGCUCUGGCGAUUCGAGAUCUGUACACUCUAGAUGAAGUCAAGAGGAUCCCAC